AUGGGGACUUCAGGCCUUUCGAAUACCACAUCUGAUGGGAGCCCAACCAUCGAUGUUGAAAAACCCUGCAAUCUUGAAGCUGUGUCCCAUCUUCUCGAUGAGGUCGUAUCGGCUUCUGAUACCCUCAUGACGGGGAAUAUGGAUGUUCGCCAUGAACUCCUGAUCAAACUGCGGGCACUUACAUCAGCGAUUGAAACACCACGAGAGACAGUUAUGAGGCACUGCUGGACAAUGACAAGUUCCAUAGGCUGCCUUGCCUUUGGUGUUGAUACAGGAUUGUGGGAGGCCAUGACGAAAAAUGGAAACGUACCACAAAGGGUAGAUGAGUUGGCGACUCAGAUUGGAGUCGAUACUGUACUCCUCGGUCGCAUAAUGCGCCACCUUGCUGCCAUGGGUCACAUUAUCGAGACUGGGCCUGACGAGUACCAGCCCACUCUCUUUUCCAUGUCUCUUAGUAUCCCCAUGAUGGGAAACGGACUUAUCGGAUUGACCUGUACUACUGGAGCUGCUUCCCUCAAGUUCCAUGAGUACUCCCGUAAACGCGGAUGGCAGAACCCAAUCGAUGCCAAAGACACGGCCUUGAUGUAUGCGUACAAUACUGACCACGAUAUGUUCUCUUGGGCCCAAUCUCAAGGCUACGGAGCACAUUUCAAUGACCACAUGACUGGAUAUCAUCCAUCUCCUUGGAUGUCCACAGGCCGAUACCCUAUUGAGCAGCAACUCAUUGACGGUGCAGAAAAAACUCCUACAGCUCCAUUUUGGGUAGAUAUCGGUGGAUGUCUUGGACGAGACCUUAGGGAUCUGCAUCUUCACUACCCAAACAUACCUGGACAAUUAAUCUUGCAAGAUCUUCCUGGUGUUAUUUCUGAAGUCAACAAAACGCACCCUCCGUUUCUCACCAUGGAACACAACUUUUUCACCAAGCAACCUAUUGAAGGAUCCCGCGCUUACUACAUGCACUCCAUCCUUCACGAUUGGCCUGACGAUGUAUGCCAGGAAAUCCUCGCUCAUAUCAUCAGCGCUAUGAAACCCGGAUACAGCAAGAUUCUGAUCCACGAACAGAUCAUUCCUACCACUAAUGCUUCCUGGGAAACGACGGCGCGAGACAUUAUGAUGAUGACCAUGUUCUGUGCUCAGGAGCGAAGUGAGGCUGACUGGCGUGGAUUGCUGGAGGGCAAGGCAGGUCUCAAGAUCAUUAAGAUUUGGAAUCUUGAUCUGCCGGAUGAAUACCUUAUUGAGUGUGAGAUGCCAGUAGCUAAGUGA